GAUUUCUGCACCACUCAUCAAAACUCUGCGGCAUGCAGGCAAGAGCCGGAGGAAGGGACACUGCUAGAUCUGUGCUGAGUGCUGGAGCGCUUUCUUCAUUUCCAUCCCAAACCCGCUGCUAUUAGGCGCAUUCAUUCAGCAGCAGCAGCAUCAGCAGCAGCAUAAGCGGCUCCUCACACUUUUAUGAUAACAUGGCAAAGGAUGGAGAAAAAAGCGGCUGGAAGGAGUAUAUAUGGAACCCGAGGACGAGGGAGUUUCUGGGCAGGACGGCGAGCAGCUGGGGUCUUAUUUUUGUCUUCUAUCUAGUUUUCUACAUUUUCCUGGCCGGCAUGUUUACACUCACCAUGUACGUCAUGCUGCAGACCCUGGACGACCACAAACCGACCUGGCAGGACAGGCUUUCUACACCAGGAAUGGUGAUGACGCCCAAAACAGAUGAGACCUUUGAGAUUAUCUAUACCGUCCAGGACACCGAGAGCUGGGACAUCUACACUCAGACCCUGGAGAAGUUCCUAUCAUCCUACAACGAGUCCGUCCAGGUCCAGAAAAAUGAGGAGUGUGUCCCCGACCAGUACUUUGAGCAGAAGGAUAGCGGCGACGUGAAGAACAACCCGAAGCGCUCUUGUCAGUUCAACCGCACCAUGCUGGGGGACUGCUCUGGACUUCAGGACCGUUACUAUGGAUACAACUUGGGCAAGCCAUGCAUCAUCAUCAAGCUGAAUCGGGUGAUUGGGAUGCUGCCAGGAAAAGAUGGACAGGCGCCGUAUAUCACCUGUGGUGCAAAGAGAUACAAAGUUGGCCUAGAUGAAUGGAGAGAAGAUACGAGCAAAAUUGGCGAAUUGGAGUACUUUCCUCCGAACGGCACUUUCAACCUUAUGUACUUCCCGUACUAUGGCAAGAAAGCACAGGUGAACUAUUCUCAGCCUCUGGUGGCCAUCAAGUUCCUCAACAUUACUGCCAAUCAGGACGUGAACAUCGAGUGCAAGAUCAAUGCCAACAACAUUCCCAUCGGAAGCGAAAGGGACAAGUUUGCCGGGAGAGUGUCUUUCAAGCUGAGGAUCAACUCUAAAUAAUACUAGGUUGUUGACCCUUUCCCCCCCCCCCCCUCUU